CUAUUGGGAUUCUCUGUCUAUGCUCUUGAUCUGUAGCGCUUAUUCUUUUACUGGUUUACAGGUAAGUGAAGAAGUGGAACGUGCGUUGGCUAAGUUAGGCCCUCCGAGAGUUAAUGGAAGGUCUUCCCCAAAACGGAUUGAAGGUCCCAAUGGGCAAAACUUGCAGCUAGAGUUUAGGUCCAAUUUGUCUCUUCCGAUCUUCACUGGAGGGAAAGUUGAAGGCGAGCAGGGUGCUGCAAUUCAUGUUGUUUUGGUUGAUAGAAACACACAGCGAGUUGUGACUUCGGGACCCGAAUCCUCUGUAAAACUGGAUGUUGUUGUGCUUGAAGGUGAUUUCAACAAUGAAGAUGAUGAAGGCUGGACUCAAGAAGAAUUUGAUAGCCAUGUGGUGAAAGAGCGUGAAGGGAAGAGACCUCUGUUGACUGGGGAACUGCAAGUGACCCUCAAAGAAGGGGUAGGAACACUAGGGGAUCUGACCUUUACAGAUAACUCAAGUUGGAUACGAAGCAGGAAGUUCAGGCUUGGAAUGAAAGUUGCUUCGGGAUUUUGUGAGGGCAUGCGCGUACGUGAAGCUAAGACAGAAGCUUUUACUGUUAAAGAUCACAGAGGAGAAUUGUACAAGAAACACUACCCACCAGCAUUAAGUGAUGAUGUAUGGAGAUUGGAGAAGAUUGGCAAGGAUGGGGCAUUCCAUAAGAGGCUAAACAAUGCAGGAAUAUUCACAGUUGAAGAGUUUCUUCAGCUUGUGGUCCGAGAUUCUCAAAAAUUACGGAAUAUUCUUGGAAGCGGUAUGUCGAACAAGAUGUGGGAUGCUCUUUUAGAACAUGCAAAGACUUGUGUCUUGAGUGGGAAGCUUUAUGUUUAUUAUCCUGAAGAUACAAGAAAUGUUGGUGUUGUUUUUAACAACAUCUAUGAGCUGAGUGGCCUCAUCGCUGGGGAGCAGUUUCACUCUGCCGAUGCUCUAUCUGACAGCCAGAAGGUCUAUGUAGAUACGUUGGUGAAGAAAGCAUAUGAAAAUUGGGAUCAAGUUAUUCAGUAUGAUGGCAAGUCACUUCUAAACUUCAAGCAGAAUAAGAGGUCAACCCGAACUGAAUUUCAGACUGGCCCAAUCAGUUACUCCGAUGCCUCAGAUCAUCAACUGCAAGUACCUCGCCUGACAAAUUCAGUUCCCUCAGAGCAACCUCCAUUGGAUCCAGCCCUACCAAUAGGAGGUAAGCAUUGCUGCCUGCAUGAGUAUUCAAUGUUUCAUAUUUGGCCGCAUAAACUUUAUUUUUAACUAAUCAAUGAAGAU